AUGCCACAACCAGAAUUCAUUCAAGAAAGGCUUAAGAGCCUGGACUCUAUCGACAGAAUGCUUCUGUCGACGUUACUGCACGCUUCACAAUCGGUGGGAACUUUAGAAGAAUUGAAAAGAGGUAACGAAAACAUGAAACCUCAGUUCGAAAACCAUGCUCGGAACUUCUACAGUAGUCUAGAAAAAGCGACAGUUGCACUACGGCGCGAAAUCAAACAUCUCGAUGAUAAUGUUGGAACGAGGUUGUUGCCGAUAAAUGUCAACAAGAAGGCCACGGGCCAGGACAAUGACAAGAUACGAGAGCAACUUGACAUUUUGACAAAAGAGAUUGAGGGUGGUGACUGA